AGUCUCGUGCCUCAUCUAACAAGUAAUCGUCACAGUGGUAGAUUUGCGCUGUUACACAUCACUGCACUGCACAGGCACAGAUCCACAUGGGCUCCAUCGUUGCCGACGCCGAUCGCCGGCCACACGCCGUGUGCGUGCCGUUCCCAGCGCAGGGCCACGUGACGCCGAUGCUGAAGCUAGCCAAGGUUCUCCACAGCCGAGGCUUCCACAUCACCUUCGUCAACUCGGAGUUCAACCACCGCCGCUUGCUCCGCUCCCGCGGCGCCAGCGCGCUUGACGGCCUCCCGGACUUCCGCUUCGCCGCCAUCCCGGAGGGUCUGCCCCCGUCCGACGCCGACGCCACCCAGGACGUGCCGUCGCUCUGCCGCGCCACCAUGGAGAACUGCCUCCCGCAUUUCAGGAGCCUCCUCGCCGAGCUCAACUCCUCCCCGGACGUGCCGCCGGUCACUUGCGUCGUCGGAGACGACGUCAUGAGCUUCACCCUGGAAGCAGCCAGAGAGGUCGGCGUGCCGUGUGCGCUGUUCUGGACGGCCAGCGCCUGCGGCUACCUGGGCUACCGCUAUUACCGCGACCUCAUGGAGAAGGGCAUCUUCCCGCUCAAAGACGCCGAGCAGCUGACGAACGGGUUCUUGGACACGCCGACGGACUGGGCGCUGGGGAUGAGCAAGCACACGCGGCUCAAGGACUUCCCAAGUUUCGUGCGCUCGACGGACCCCGACGAGUUCAUGUUCCACUUCGCCCUGAAGGUGACAGAGCAGAUAGUCGGCGCGGACGCCGUCAUCCUCAACACUUUCGACGAGCUCGAGCAGGAGGCGCUCGACGCCAUGCGCGCCAUGAUCCCGUCGUCCGCGUCCAUCCACACCAUCGGGCCGCUCGCGUUCCUCGCCGAGGAGAUAGUGCCCCGCGGAGGCCCGACCGACGCGCUAGGCUCCAACCUCUGGAAGGAGGACGUGUCCUGCUUCGAGUGGCUCCACGGCAGGGCGCCCAGGUCGGUGGUGUACGUGAACUACGGCAGCAUCACGGUGAUGACGAACGAGGAGCUGGUGGAAUUCGCGUGGGGCCUGGCCAACAGCGGCCACGACUUCCUGUGGAUCAUCCGGCCGGACCUGGUCAACGGCGACGCCGCCGUGCUGCCGCCGGAGUUCCUGGAAGCCAUCAGGGGCCGCGGCCACCUGGCGAGCUGGUGCCCGCAAGAGGUGGUGCUGAGGCACGAGGCGGUGGGCGUGUUCCUGACGCACUGCGGGUGGAACUCCACCAUGGAGAGCCUGUGCGGCGGGGUGCCGAUGCUGUGCUGGCCCUUCUUCGCGGAGCAGCAGACCAACUGCCGGUACACGUGCGUGGAGUGGGGCGUGGCCAUGGAGAUCGGCCAGGACGUUCGGCGGGAGGCGGUGGAGGAGAAGAUCCGAGAGGCGAUGGGCGGGGAGAAGGGAAUGGAGAUGCAGCGCCGCGCGGGGGAGUGGCAGCAGACUGGUCUCCGCGCGACGCGGCCCGGAGGGCGCUCAUACGCCAACCUCGACAAGCUGGUCGCCGACGUGCUCCUCUCGGGUACUAGCGGCAAGAGUUCUUAAAAUCUCAGGAGGGUUUCACUUCGCACACCGCCACCGUCCAAUGAUUCGGACUGAACAUGGAUGGUAUGGUAGUACACCAAAAGAGAAGUUUGUGUGAAUGUCGAGGCAAACCCGUAAAUCAUGGAGCAUGUGAUGGAAUGGAAGGACCGAAGGAGCCAGUAGCGGAAGAAGUUACUUCUCGUAGCAGGCAAAAAUUGGAAUAUGAAAAUCUGGAAGCCAAGAGGGUUAAUCCCUAAUUACUAUAUUUUCUAUCUGCUAGCUGUAUUCGUUGCAAAUGCACACGGUCUGCUGUUUGUACGAGUGUCUGGUAGGCACCUCUACGCUUAAUUAGGUUUUGUCCAAUUUUUAUUUAGUAAUUACAUUAAAAAAUCGAAGAUCGAAGUUAAUACUAGGUGUAAUUUAUGGGGGUCUUAAUAUGAUCUAACUGAUGAUGGUUUGAUAAGGGUUAGGUACAUAUUAUCGUGUUGUUUGGUUGGUCCAUUUUACUAUAUAAACCAUUAAAG